AAUAACCAUGAGAGAAGAAGUUGGGAACAUCAGUAUUCUACAAGAAAAUGAUUUUGGUGACUUUGGAAUGGAUGAUCGUGAGAUCAUGAGAGAAGGAAGUGCUUUUGAGGAUGAUGACAUGUUAGUGAGCACUAGCGCUUCUAACCUCCUGUUAGAGCCUGAACAGAGCACCAGCAAUCUGAAUGAAAAAAUUAAUCAUUUAGAAUAUGAAGACCAAUAUAAAGAUGACAAUUUUGGAGAAGGAAAUGAUGGUGGUAUAUUAGACGACAAACUUAUAAGUAAUAAUGAUGGUGGUAUCUUUGACGACCCCCCGGCCCUGUCAGAGGCAGGUGUGAUGUUGCCAGAACAGCCUGCACAUGAUGAUAUGGACGAGGAUGAGAACGUAUCAAUGGGUGGGCCUGAUAGUCCUGAUUCAGUGGAUCCUGUUGAACCAAUGCCAACUAUGACUGAUCAGACAACACUU